ACAUUCCAGCAGCUGCUUCAGUGGAAACAGUUUAAAGUGAAACUCCAGUUUUCUCCUCACAGAGUCAUUAUCAGGAGGAGGAAAGGGACAGCUGGCUGUGAACUGAUGUCCUCACUGGGUUUCUGAAGACUUCCUUUAGUGAGAAGCAGAUUAACUUUGUGCUUGUUGGAGUUUCUACAGGAAGAUGAAGAUGUUUGUGGUGUUUGUGAUCCUCGUGCACGUUUCCCAGCAUGCCUCAGCUGUGGAGCUGUAUGAGGGGGAGGAGUUUGUCCUGCUGCCCUGUGAGUUUCCCACCUUUGACAUGGACGACCCCACAGUGGUGUGGAGCCGCUACGAUCUCGAUCCUCCAACCGUCCACCAGCGUCAGCAGGAAGAUGAUGAACUUAAAGACCAAAACCAGCUUUACAGCGGCCGAACAUCCAUGAUGACUGACGCUCUGGAAACUGGAGACCUCAGCCUCAAGCUGACAAAACUCCAGCUCUCUGACAGCGGCAGCUACACCUGCACCGUCAGAGUGUUUGGAGGACAACGGAGAGUGACAGAGAUACAGCUGCAGGUCAAAGAACGAUUUCCAUCCUGGGCCAAAGUUCUCCUGGUUCUCCUGGUUCUCCUGGUUGUUGGUCUUGUUGCUGCUGGGGGUCUUCUGGUACAUUUCCGGCAGUAUUUCAUGUCAGGUAUGUCACUACUGCUACACCUCCAGCAUAUGAAGGUGUGAUUGGAGCAGAACAGCUGAACACCUGUGACAGUGGAACCUGUAGAUGUAGAAAUUAGUCCCACAUGUGUUUCAGUGAUACUGAAGUCACAAGGAAACAAAAAGUUUUUCUCUCUCCACAAACACAACAGCUGCUCUUCUCAAGUUCUUCACUGCAGUUGCACAAAUCCUGUUCUACGAAUCCCAAAUAAAGAAACCAGAAGUGGAAAGAGACCAAAAUAUUCUCCUGAAGUAAAAGUACGUUUUCUUUGAUGGACUUUUACUUAAGGACAAAUAAAGUUACUGGUAUAAAAAUCUA